AGUGAAUAAAAAUGACGGUUGGCACACUAGGUUUUUAGAGGUCAUGUUUACGAAGAAAUUUCCGUUCGUUAUCUCUUAAAUUUUCAUCAAUUUAAGGUAAAAUUGUAUUAUUAAAUCGCGUUCACGUCGCGUGCGAAUAUGAAAAUUACGUUUGAAAUCAGUUAUCUGUUGAAAAAAGUAAAAAAUGUGCGAGCAGGUCUUUGACCCGCCAAUUAUUGGAUUCGAUAUUGAAACGAUUAAGUUGUCUUUAGAACGAAGUAAACGGUUAAAAUUAUUUCUUGAUAACGUUGAAAGUUUGAUUAACAUUCGGACGAGUACCCCAUUAAAAGGUCGAAAAGAUUUUCGUUGGGAUAAUAUUUGUAAAGAAGCUUUUAAGAUGAUGGCGUCAGCCGCCAAAAUUAUUGAUAACGAUAGCGGUUACAUUUCGAAUCAUCAAGAAUCAAAUUCAACAGAUAUAUAUCAAGAAACAAUGUCUCAUAAUACUAAAGAUAAAUUUGUGUAUAUGAAUGAGGACGCUUUAUUAGAAAAACCCAUUAGUUCUGAUCAAUCGAGAAUUGAAGAUUCUGUUAGUUGUGAAGAAACUGAAUGUUUUCCCGGUUUAAAAGACUCCAUGGACGAAGAAUCUGGAAUAUCAGAAGAAACCAAUGUAAGCCCUUUCAUUUCAAAUAUUGACCCAAUUGUUUUAACCGAGGAAACAUUAGAAAAAAUUGUUCAAAGUGUACCUAAAAUAGAUUUAAUUACGGAAAACUGUGAUAAUGACUCAAACGCUGAAAAUAAUGCAAAUUACUUAAAUAUUCAUUCAAGAACAGCUACUCUAUUAUCUUUAUCAAUACUUGAUAAAAAUAAAGAAAAAGAAGUAGCAAAAUCUGUCGAAAAAUCUAUUGAAGAGCCCCAAAAAAGUUCGUAUAAAAAUGUACAGUUGUUUAAUAUAAUUCAAACACCUCAAAAAUCGUAUAAAAACCCAAUAAAUCCCAACUUUAGUCCUGAUUUAUUCUCCGAUAACGAAUUAGAUACUUCGCAAAAUUCUCCAAUUCCAAAAGUGGAGUUUAAAGAAAAGUAUAUUUUGAGACAAGAUAGAAAAUUAUAUCGUAGAGCUAAAGAAAUGUUAAUCGGGGUUCCACCUCCUAUUUGUUUACAACAUGUUAAUUUAAAUGUCAGUGAUAUGCUAAAAAGAUACGAAGAAAAUAAACAUUUAAUUUUAACGAAAAAAGAAGUUGAGGAGAAAAACUUGAAAGGUGAAAGCAGCUCAAAAAAUUGUGAAGCAACUUUCUUAAUCACCCAAAAUGGAUUUGAAUCUAUCAGAAAAGAAUUUCCAAGUGUUUUGGAAGAAAGAUAUUAUGGACUACAUUAUAACCGAAGUAAACUUUCGGAAGAAAUGGAACAAUUAGCAAUGAAAUACGCUUCAAAAUAUAUUGGUUCUGAAACACAAUCAUCUUGUACAGUAUUUCGAACAAAUUUCCCAUCUAGUCCAUCAAAAGUAUCCAAUAAACUUCGUUGGACAAUAAAAUCCCCUGGAAAAAGACUUAGCCAUUUAGCAAGACGUAGAAUAACAUUUUCCAGCGCAACUCUCCAAGCGCAAACGCGACAAAUAGCAGUCGAUCCCAGUCGAUUAAAAGUUUUAUCACGAAAUCGAAGCCCGUUAAAGAAAUCACCACGUAAAACACCCAAAAAAAGUCCAACGAAAAAAAUCAAAACCCCAUCCAGUUCGGCAAAGAAAAAAUUAUCACUUCAAAUACGUUUAAUGGCCGAACAAAUGCCUGGAUCUUCAAAAAUCGCCAAUACAAAGCGCGCUUUAUUUCAAAGUCCCGAGAAAGGCAUGAAGAAUAGUUGCGGUGGAAGUACGAAUAAAGUCCAUCAAGUUCAUCAUGUUUUAAGUCAAACCGUAACGAGUAAAGAUUCGAUUUCACCGUUUCGACGAAGAACGAAUUUAAAAUGCGUUUUAUUUGCUUCCCCGACGAAAUCAUCGCCUUCAAAAAUUGGAAAUAAACGAAAACGUACCGAUUCGGAAACUGUACAUCCUUCAAAACUGCCGAGAUCGUUUUCGUUAAGUGAAGUUAAUGAAAACAAACAAAUUAACCACAGUUUGGUUAGAGUUAAAAGUGAAGCUUUUAUUCGAAGUCCCGCACAACGAAUUGAAUUAAGUGAAACACACAAAAAGAAAUUACUUUGGGCAAUUUACGAAACACUGCGUGCUCAAAAAAUUAAUAUGUCUCAUCCAAAUUACAAACAAUAUGCAGGAGUCCUUUGCAGAGUUACAAAAAGAUAUCUUCCGGAUUUAUCAGCGAAUGCUCCGCGUCCGGAAGGUGGGACAAGUGAACGAAUGUUAAAGAUAGCCCGUUUACAUGUAGGUGCCGUUUUACAAGGAAAAUCGGUCGAUGAAAUCAUUCAAGAGUACGAACAAAGAAGAUUAAAAACUUUAAAGCCGUCCGGUUACGUUUCUCUUGAAAAUGUGAAAAAAAUGGAUGUUUCUCAAGCGAAGGAAAACGUUUUAAAAGAAAAUGAUGUUAAUUUAAAAGAUAGAGAUAACGUUUUAAAAGAUAGAGUUAAUGUUCAAAGUGUAGGUGUAAAUUUGGUAAAUAGAGAGGUGAAAAAAGUUGAUAGAAUUGAUAAAGUUCGGAAGGUUAUUAAUUUUUAAAAAAUUUUAUUGAUAAAUAUAAGUAAGUGCUCAGUUUCUUUACAAUUCAAAUAUUAGAACGUAUCUUUAAUUUUACUGUUCGUUCCGAUUGAUUUUUUAAUACCUCAUAGGUUUAUUUUAUAAAAUAA